AUGAGGUUCUCCUCUAACACUUCCCUCCUGCUGGGGCUCCUGGCCUCCGCAUCGCGUGUUGCCAUAGCCGCCGCCACCGCCGCCGCCGAUGAUGCUGCUGCACCCGCGGUGAACGAAGAUGCCUUUGUUCGCGGUGCCUACAUUGUCGAGCUCGACGGCGAGCAGGAUCCCUCCGCGCUCUACGACGAGCUGCACUCCGACGGCCUGGCCGUUAAGCCCCGUCUGGACCUCAAGUUCGGCCUCUUCAACGGCGCCUCCUUCAGCGUCGACGACGCUGGCGGCGAGUCCGACAUCAUCACCGCCAAGAUCGCCAACAAGGUUAGCGUCAAGGGCAUCUGGCCGGUCCGCAAGAUCAAGAUGCCCAAGCUUGAAGGAACCUCCAUUGGCCGCAACGGGACCGCCUCCAGCGCCGCCCUUCUGCAAUCCCUCAAGGACAGACGCGACACCGCCGCCAAGGACACCUACAGCACCCACGUCAUGACGCAGGUCGACAAGCUCCGCGAGGCCGGGUUCACGGGCAAGGGAAUCAAGGUCGCCAUUGUCGAUACGGGCGUGGACUACCGGCACCCGGCGCUCGGAGGCUGCUUCGGCGAGGGCUGCCACGUCGCCUAUGGCUGGGAUUUCACGGGGGACAAUUAUUUCCAGAGCUCCGAGGCGCCGACCCCGGACGCGGACCCCAUCGACACUUGCCAGGGCCACGGCACGCACGUCGCGGGCAUCAUCAUGGCGCAGGAGAACGAGCUCGGGUUCACGGGGGCCGCGCCGGACGUCACGCUGGGCGCGUACAAGGUCAGCGGGUGCGCCGGGUACACGACGAGCGAGAUUCUGGUGUCGGCUUUUUACCGCGCCUACGAGGAAGGGAGCGACGUCAUCUCGUGCUCUGCGGGUGAUGACUCGGGCUGGGCUGGCGAUGCUGCUGGUGUCGCUGUCUCGCGCAUCGCUGAGGCGGGUGUCCCUGUUGUCGUCGCGGUUGGAAACUCUGGUAAUUUGGGUGUUUGGGCUGUGGCCUCUCCGGCGUCUGGUAAGGCUGUUGCUGGUAUCGGUUCGGUUGAUAAUACCGUUCUGCCGAAACUGAUGACUCGCGGAUCGUUUGCAAACGAAACGGGCGAGUUUGCCUUUGGAUGGACUGACAGCAGUCCGGUCACCACGACCAACGUUACUCUUCGUCUGUGGAUUGAAGGCGCCAACGUCACGGCUUGUAACUCCAUCCCGGCAGAUAUUGACUUGACGGAUGCGAUUCCCUUUGUGCCCAUAGACCCGGGUUGCCAGCCGGAUGUUCAGGCCGUCAACCUCCUCGCCCGAGGCGCCCAGUACAUCCUCUUUUACCCUCUCAGCGAGGAAUCAAUCUAUUCCCCGUACGUCUACACCAAGGGCAUUCUCGGAAUCGGAAUGGUCAUGCCCCGUCAGGCCCAGGAGUGGAAGGCCCACGCCGAAAACAUCACCAUCACCAUCGGACCCCCCGAGACCUCCGCGCUCUUCGUCGAGCCCAUCACAAACGGCCCGACCGCCGGCUACACCAGCUCCUUCUCCAGCUACGGCCCGACCUGGGAGCUCGACGUGAAACCCCAGUUCACCGCCCCCGGCGGCGGCAUCCUCUCCACCUGGACCUGGGACCAAGGCGAGUACAUGGUCAACCCGGGCACCUCCAUGUCCACCCCCUUCGUCGCCGCCGUCUACGCCCUCGUCGGCCAGGUCCGCGGCACCCUCGACCAAGAGACCCUCCGCUCCGUCAUUGCCGCCACAGCCCAGCCGAAACCCUGGAACGACGGCACCGUCGCCUACGACGAUAUCCUCGCCCCCGUCCCGCAGCAGGGCGCCGGCCUCGUGCAGGCCUGGGACGCCGCUCACGCCACCACGAUCCUCGGGUCGACGGGCAUCUCCUUCAAUGACACGGACCACUUUAUCGGCGAGCACACCUUCAGUGUGAAGAACACGGCUACCGAGGCGGUCACCUACAAGCUCGGCCACGCCAAGUCCGUCACGGUGUACACCUUUGCGCCGGGCGAAGCCCAGCUCAAGGCCGCGCGCGCUCCGCCUCCGACCGUCGACGCGUGGGCCACCCUCACCUUUGCAGCCGACUCCCUCACCGUCCCCGCCGGCGGCAGCGCCGAGGUCCAGUUCACCGCCGUGCCGCCCUCUGGCCUCAACGCCACGCUGCUCCCCGUGUACAGCGGCUACGUCACCCUCGAGGGCAGCAACGGCGAGACCCUGUCUGUCCCGUACCUCGGCGUCGGCGGGAGCAUGCACGACACGCCCGUCUUGAUCCCCGGCCUCGGGCAGAACGGCGUGUACCUCUCCUCCACGGACAACCACUUCCUGAUCCCCGUCGCCGCGAACCGGACGUUCACUAUCCCGCGUCCGGGGUCCAGCGGUAGCGCAACCUACCCGAAGCUGGUCGUGACCCCGACGGUCGGCAGUACAGAGCUCCACGUUGAGCUCGUUGCCGUGGGCGGCGGCGGCAACUCUACGCUCGAGGUCACCGAGGUCCUCGGGUACCCGGCCCUAGGCGCGCUGCCGCAGUCGCCUGUUGCGUAUGCACACAGGAUCGGAUACACGUGGAACUUUGACGGCUUCUUGGCUGAUCGGACUGCUGUGCCCGAGGGGAGUUAUGCAUUCAUUGCGCGUGCGCUGAGGAUCUUUGGGGACGCGGCCAAGGAUGAGGACUGGGAUGUUGUCGAGACUGUGCUGUUUAACUUGAAGUAUCUUGCAUAG